AUGGCAAAAAGAAAAUAUAUGUCAAAAGUCGACGGUAAAAUAAAUGUAGGAGAAAAACAUCAAGCAAAAAUUCCAGAUCUUGUAACUGAAGAAAAUGAAAAGAAUAAUGUAGAAGAAACUCAAGCUGUUGAAAAUGUAAACAAUGUUAAUGAUGAUGUAAGACAAAAUAAAAAAGCUAAAACAGAACAAGUUGAAGAAACAAAGAAUGCUGCUGAAGAACAACCACAACAAGAAGAACCAGUAAAAGAAGAACAAGCAAAUGAAGAACCAGCAAAUGAAGAACCUGCAAAUGAAGAACCAGCAAAAGAAGAACCUGCAAAUGAAGAACCUGCAAAUGAAGAACCUGUAAAUGAAGAACCUGCAAAUGAAGAACAAGCAAAUGAAGAACAAGCAAAUGAAGAACCUGCAAAUGAAGAACAAGCAAAUGAAGAACAAGCAAAUGAAGAACCAGCAAAUGAAGAACCUGCAAAUGAAGAACAAGCAAAUGAAGAACCAGCAAAUGAAUAA